GCUCUUGAAGCUGAUUCAAUUUCAGAGCCGCUUUGGAAAUUCGCCAGAAUCCGAAUUAGGGUUUUCCCGGUAAAACCAUGUCGGCUCGAUACCUGAAGAAAGUUCUCAACGAAGAACAACAAGAGCGCAAACCGGAAUCAGACCACGAAGAAGAAGACGCCGACGACGACCACCCCCAGCUCAACGGCAAAGCUAAGUUCAACCCUUUCGACCUCCUCAACGAUGACGACGCCGAAGACCACCAGGAGGAUGAUAUGGACGUUGAUGAUGACGUCUCGAAUGUGGUGCCUGAGCUGAAACCUAGUGCAGAAGCGGUUUCGGUGUCGAGUCAGAAGUCCAAGAAGAAGAAGAAGAAGAAGAAGAAGAAAGGCAAAGAGGUCUCUUCUUCGAAUUCAGCUGCAUCGAAAGUGAAGAAGAGGGGGGAGGAAGAGUUCUACGCUUAUGCGCAUGAGAAACAGGCGGAGUUGAGAGCUAGUGAUGGUGUGGUAAAGGAUGCGUAUGAGAAGUAUGUUCCGUCUAUUCUGCAAGUGGAUCCCAAGUACUUGAAUGCCGACAAUGAGAUGCGAAGGAUUUUUGGAUCUAAGGUGGUGAAGUCGUUUGAGAAGAAUCAGCCGAGUGGUAGCUCUAGAAUGGCGCGUGGCGGAAGACGCGGCAUGGUUCAUAGGAAGUCUUUCCUUGUCACUCCAUCGGACCAAUGGCCUCGCUGGGAUGGCGCUAUGAACAUGGUACUCCAUAACUCACCCAAUGGAUACUAUGAUUAUCGAUAUACAUAUUCAUCGGCCUACCAUCAUGCUCAGAGUGCAUUUGAAUCUGCCAAAUCUUUACAUGAUCUCAAUGCCAUUGCAAACAUUUUAUUGCACUAUCCCUAUCAUUUGGAUUCGCUACUAACCAUGGCAGAGUACUUUAAGUUUGCGGGUGAGCAUCAAAUGUCAGCAGAUGCUAUCUCUAGGUGCUUAUAUGGUUUGGAAUGUGCAUGGCAUCUGAUGUUCACUCCCUUUAAGGGUGAUUGUCAAGUGAAAUACAGCCAUGAAGAAAACAAGCCUUUAUUCGUUGCACUUUUCACUCACAUGAAAAGUAUGGACAGACGUGGCUGUCAUCGUUCAGCUUUAGAAGUUUGCAAGUUCUUAAUGUCACUAGAUACUGAUGAUCCAAUGGGGGCACUGUUCUGUAUUGACUAUUUCUCAGUGAGGGCAGAGGAGUAUGCAUGGCUGGAACGUUUCUCUGAAGAAUAUAGAAGUGAUAACACCCUGUGGUUGUAUCCAAAUUUUUCAUAUUCCCUUGCCAUAUGCCGAUUGUAUCUUGAGAAAGCGGAAUCUUCAAAGGAAACCACCAAAGCUACUUCAACUGAUCUUAUGAAGCAGGCAUUGAUGCUUCAUCCCACAGUCCUUAAAAAACUAGUAGCAAAGGUACCUCUGAAGGAACGAGUGUGGACGGAAAUUCUGAAGAACACAUUUUUCCAAGCAGAUGAAGUAGGAAUCCCAUCCUUGGACCACCUGAUUAACAUAUAUGUUGAGAGUAAUCAUAUUAUAUGGAGGCUUCCAGAAUUGCAGAAAUUGCUGCGGGAUUCAGCACAGUUGGUGAUUGAAACUCUAAGACAGAACAGUAGCGAAAAAAAUGAUUGGGCUUGUGUGAGAAAAGAAGCAUUCUCAUCUGACAAGAAUGAGUAUUCUCACCUGUUGGCUUCAAAUUUCUCUUAUACAUUGCCUGCUGCCCCACCUGAAAAUUUGCAACAUUUUAUGGCUAACGCAAGGAUGGAAGGCGUUAUGCAUAAUGAGGAGCAUCUUGUCAAUCUAAAUGAGGGUGUCCUUGCUCCCCGUGAUGUUGCAAAUCGAAAUCCAUUAGCUGUCUUGUUUGAGUCAGUGCUACCAUGGGUUCAUUAUGGAGAAGGAAUUGAGGAGGAAAACCAACCAAAUGGCCAUGGUCUGGGCAAUGAAGAAGAAUGAGUGUGUGGUAAUAACAUUGAAAAUAUGCUAUAGCAGGACUUUAGAGAAACCUCUCCAUUGUUGGAUGAGUCAGUAGUGUUUCUUGUAUAGGUGAAUUAUGGAGAAAUUUAUUUUGCAAUACUCUUCCGUAUGGCAGUAUUACGGUAAUACCUAUCAUAUUCUAACUGGACCAUUUUGAUCAAAACUAGUACCAUAUAAAUUUAUUUUUUCUUUUCAGAA